CUGAGAAAAAAAAUAAAAAACAUUCAGCCAAUUGUUACGGCUUCUUCGAUAAUCAUUGAAACUUUCUAAUAUGGCACUGGGGGCAACCCUGUCAGAACUUUCCUCUAAGACUCUUAAUAUACAAUGCAGUAUUCUAGAGACUCUUGAGAUGAGGAGGAAAAAAUGCUUUCAAGGUUCACCAUGUUUCUGUGUACUACGAUCAGAUUUGCUUUGUAUUGCUUUUUGUUCUUUAUUUCACAAGACCGCUGCACAACCAACAUCAAUAAAAUAUAUACCCCAAAAAGGGGGGAAAAAGUGUAAAAUUAAACGUGGUGAUUCUAAGUGGAAGCCUUUGAACUAGUAUCUGUUGUAAUGUGUGACGUUUUUCUUGUUUUGCUCUGCUUGAAGCCUUUCCUUGCCCUUGGAAUCUAUUAACCCGCAAAAAAAUCUGGAUAAAUGCUUUUUGCUUUGCUGUCAUGCAAAACUUAAAGCUUUUGGUGUUUCUAUGCAGGUUAUUUUUCACUGCAAGAUGUAAAUAUAAGAUGUUUUACAUCUCUCCUAGGGUCAGACCAGUCAGACUUUUUUUAAAUUAAUAAAAUUUGUCAAUAAUUGAAAUCGUCUCCUGUUAUUAUUUGAUUUCUAUUUGACUCUGUGCAUCAGAGAGAAAAAUCUCUUCUGUCACUAUUGUUUUGUCUACAUGAUAAAUUGUCUUCUCUGUGAGGUGUCAUUUUGUCUAGGUGUUUUGAUAUUUGUUAGGUUGACAGAUGAGUUUUGGCCUGUGGCAAGAUAAAAACUAAGGACCUGGGUGUGGUGUCGGUGAGCUUUGAAGAGGAUGAAGAUGGAAAUCUGUGUCUAAUAGCCUAUCCAUUAAAUGGGGACCAUGAUAACUUGGAAAGCAUAGAUAAUUCUGACUGCGAACCCAAAAAUAAGUUGUUACGGUGGUCUAACAAAAAGACUGUAUUAUUAGAAAAUGACAAGAUAACUAAGGAAUGGGUCCGGCAGCACAGGAAAGAGGAAAAAAUGAAAAGUCACAAAUUAGAGGAAGAAUUUGAGUGGCUGAAGAAAUCUGAAGUCUUGUAUUACAGUGUAGAGAAAAAGGGGAAUGUCAGUUCACAGUUUAAGCAUCAUAACCCUUGGAGUAUGAAAUGUCACCAGCAGCAAUUACGGCGGAUGAAGGAAAAUGCAAAACAUCGGAACCAAUAUAAAUUUAUCUUGCUGGAAAAUCUAACCUCUCGAUACGAAGUGCCAUGUGUGUUGGACCUUAAAAUGGGAACCCGGCAGCAUGGAGAUGAUGCAUCAGAAGAGAAGAAAGCUAACCAGAUCCGGAAGUGUCAGCAAAGUACUUCAGCGGUUAUUGGGGUCCGAGUGUGUGGCAUGCAGGUCUACCAGACGGGCACUGGCCAGUUAAUGUUCAUGAAUAAAUACCAUGGGCGAAAGCUUUCAGUCCAAGGAUUUAAAGAAGCACUUUACCAAUUCUUUCAUAAUGGCAAAUACCUGCGCAGGGAACUCUUUGAACCAGUUAUAAAGAAAUUGACUGAACUCGAAUCUGUCUUAGAAAAACAGGAGUCUUACCGUUUCUAUUCCAGCUCCUUGCUUAUCAUUUAUGAUGGCAAGGAGUUGCAGGAAGUGACUGUGGACUCAGACCCAGAGGACUUGGAGGAUCUCUCAGAGGAGUCUUCGGAUGAAUCAGCUGGAGCAUAUGCAUACAAGCCCACUGCUAGUACUGUUGAUGUCCGUAUGAUAGACUUUGCCCACACAACCUGCAAGUACUAUGGGGAAGAUAGUGUGGUGCAUGAGGGCCAAGACACAGGUUAUGUUUUUGGACUCCAGAACUUAAUAGGUAUUAUUAAAGAAAUAAGAGACGAAAACAGCGAAUAAACAGUUUGAAUGCACAUCAGUAGAAAGCACUAUAGUGACUCUUUGUAUUCCAAAAUUAUUGGCCACUUUCUAGUGGUAGGAAUAUUUACAGACUCUGUUGGGUUGGUCCCAUCAGAGUCAGACUUGUUCAGAGGAGGGCAUUUACUUACAAUGGUGCUGGACCUAGCACUGGCAAAUCUUGGUAUCCUUAUUUAUUUUAACUCUUUCUUAAACAUUCCAUAUUUGAUUAUUCAGAUACCUCUGUUAUCCCGGUGUGUAUAUAUUCCAAUAAAAUUCUUUUUGUUCAUUGUAA